CCAAUUACGUAGUGAUCACUCUGGCAAACCGUACAAACAUAACAAUCAAACGACGUCGCAUCUACUCUUACCGGAGUAUAUCAGGCAGUUAUACCAGCUGCUCCCUUCUUCUCCUCCCCGAAACCCUAGCCGCCAUUUAUUUCCCCCUACGGCUCGUAGAGAAUGUGGAGGUCAGUCGUGGCAAGAGCUGCUCUCUCCAGACAGGCAGCAGCACGGAGCUUCUGUGCAACCCAAAACCCCAAGGUACCUUCUUCCUCUAAAACCCUUACAGAAUCUGAUUUUGACUCGCAUCUCACUGAAGCGGGGCAGUCUUCAGUGGGUUUUGGUGAAAAUGGUGAUACCCAGUUGGAGAAUGUUUCCACUGGGGUUGAGAUUCGUGGGGUUUUAGAUAGGGAUGCCCAGUUGGAUAGUUUUGCCUCUGGGGAUGACGUUUUUGGGGACUCUGAGCGAUCGGGUGAUGUCCAGUUGGAUAGUUUUGCCUCUGGGGAUGACGUUUUUGGGGACUCUGAGCGAUCGGGUGAUGUCCAGUUGGAUAGUUUUGCCUCUGGGGAUGACAUUUUUGGGGACUCUGAGCGAUCGGGUGAUGCCCAGUGGGAUAGUUUUGCCACUGGGGGUGAAAAUGGUGAUGCCCAGAUUGAUACUUCUGCCUCUGGGGAUGGAGAGGGGGAGGUUUAUGAGAUUGAUGUGGCGCAGUUGGAGAGUCUGUUGUCUCUAUUACAAAGUAGUGUUGAUGGGUCUUUGGAGUCAAGUCUUGAUGUCAUGGGUUUGACUCUACACGAGGAGUUUGUGGUGAAAGUGCUUGAAACCCCACUUGUUUUGGGUGAGAAUUUGAUUAGAUUUUUCAAGUGGGGUAUGAAGGAGAAACCCGAGUUUAAGGUAACUACCCGUGUGGUGUAUGCACUUACUCACGCUAUAUGUAGUGAUCUUAAGAGGAAAGAUGCAUAUGCUUUGUGGGAUUUGAUUAAGGAGAUAGGUGAGAGGGAGAAUGGUGUAUUGAAUGCGGAGAUUCUCAAUGAGUUGAUAGCUUUGCUUUCGAAGUUGGGUAAAGGGAAGGCAGCAUUAGAGGUGUUUAACAAGUUCGGGGAUUUUGGGUGUGUCCCCAAUUUUGAUACGUAUUAUUUCACGAUUGAAGCACUAUGUAGACGAUCAUUUUUUGAUUGGGCUUGGUCUAUUUGUGAGAAGAUGCUCGAUGCAGGAAGCUUGCCUGAGAAUGAGAAAGUUGGUAAGAUAAUAUCUUGGUUUUGUAAGGGGAGGAAGGCUAAGGAUGCCCAUUCGGUUUAUUUGUUGGCGAAGGAGAAGAACCAGUACCCUCCUCGUUCUUCUGUUAGUUUUUUGAUCAGUUCUCUCUGUAGGAAGGAUGAAACUGUGAAAUUAGCUUUGGAAAUGUUGGACGAGUUUUCCGGAGAAGCACGGAAAUAUGCGAUUAAGCCCUUUUCCACUGUGAUUCAUGGUUUGUGCAGGAUGAGAGAUGUUGAUGGGGCAAAACAGUUGCUUUCUAAGAUGAUUGCAGAGGGCCCGCCCCCUGGGAAUGCAAUUUUCAAUCUGGUUAUCAAUGGCUAUUCCAAGGCUGGAGAUUUGGGAGAGGCUAUGCAGAUUAAGAAGCUGAUGGAGACUAGGGGAUUAAAACCAGAUGUGUACACUUAUACUGUUAUCUUGAGUGGUUAUGCAAAUGGUGGUCAGAUGGAGGAGGCCUGUAAAGUCUUUUCAGAGGCAAAAAAGAAUCAUUCUAAGCUGAGCCCUGUAACUUACCAUACACUCAUCCGUGGGUAUUGUAAACUUGAAGAGUUUGACAAGGCUUUGAAGUUGUUGAGUGAGAUGAAGGAUUUUGGCGUUCAACCUAAUGUUGAUGAAUACAAUAAGUUGAUCCAAUCUCUUUGCCUAAAGGCUUUAGAUUGGGAAACAGCAGAGAAGCUGCUAGAGGAAAUGAGAGAAAAUGGUUUGUGUCUCAAUGGGAUCACAAGGGGUCUCGUAAGAGCAGUCAAGGAGAUCGAAGAAGAGGAGCUGGUGCUGGGUUAACAAGUGUAGAGGCCUAAAUUGUUAGCUGGUUUUUGGAACUUGAUUUGAAGAUGCUGAUAGGCCAGUUUUGUAGGGUUUUUCUUUUUCGACCCUUCUUUUGCCAUGACAUAAAAGAGUGAAGCUUUGUGGCCGACUUCUUUGAAGGCGUGCAUUAUAUAUUCUUUUUCAUCAAUCAGAUUGACAGAGAAGCUUCAUUUAUUUUUCUUUCUUUUUUGGUUUUGAGUCAUUUUUUGUGUCUUUUUGGUUACAUUCUCAUGGAGGGAUAUGCCUUCUACAAGUUAUAGAAACAAUGGCUGUGGUUGCAGCCAUUCAAAUUUCAA